CCGAAGGCAGCGGCUCAACCCACUGAGCCACCCAGGAAAGCCUGUUAUGUUUCCUGCUCCUGAGAGGAAAGAAGAGGCUCUUCCCUUUGGUUGUGGACAGUGUUUGGUCCUUGGCCACAGUCUGGGGAGUUGUAAGUAGCAGGUACCUCCUAGAUCAAAGCAGAGGUGAAAGGCCCGCAGAGCCAGGACAUCGCAGCUGUGUUCCUGACCAAGCUAUUUGUCGGGGUGGUAAAAUCCCAAGGCCCGGAAGCAGGACUUGAGCUGUGUUCUUUGCUGUAGCCCUCAAAAAUGAGUGAGGAGAGAGUGACAUAUGCAGAGCUGAAUUUACCCAAUUCAAGGAAACAGAAGGGCAAAAGACGUCCAAGGAAUAAAAAGAGAGAAUUUCCAUGGCAUAUUGUUGCUUUAUCCCUGGGAGUUAUGUGUGUUAUCCUCCUGCUGGCAAUCACAGGCUUAAGAUCUAUAUUUUUUCAGAAAUGUCCUGCACACACGAUGCAGAAUAAGAAUGACACGAAAGAAAAAAAUGCUUCCUUAGGAGAGGUUGAAGAUGACUCAAUUUUACCACCUAUUAUAGACAAAGACUCUGACUCAUUUCAUGGAAAUUGGCACUGCUGUGGAAAAAGCUGUUACUAUUUUUCAAAAGAAGAGAAAACUUGGGAGGAGAGUAAGAAGUCAUGUGAAGACAUGGAUUCUAGUCUCAUUACGAUUGAUAAUAAAGCAGAGCAGAACUUCAUUCAAUCAAAAAUAAGAUACAAUUACUGGAUUGGAUUACAUAAAGAAGGAGCUAAGUAUCCCUGGAAGUGGCUGGAUGGCACACCCCUAUCUCAGAUGGUGAAUUUCCAGCAGAGUUUAUCGGAUGUAAGAUGUGGACACCUCAAGCCAUCAACUAUGUCUACUGCUGGUUGUCAAAAACCCUUUCGUUACAUUUGUGAAAAGCCAUUCACUUGCCCUUGUUAUUAAAAGAAUUACUGUCAUCAAAAUUUUAAUAUUUUCUUUCUUUAACAACUAUUAGGGAAAAAACUUAGGGUAUUCACUCAAAUUAGUUUACUCUGCAUGACUUAUUAAGGAUAAUCAUCUUUCAAACAUUCUUCAACAAGGUUAAAACACUAAAAUUUAUAAAUAGGAAAAUUAUACAUCCAAAAAAUAAGUUUAUUGUUUAGAAAUUUCAAGAACGAAUCCAUCAGAGAAUGUGAAACAAAUUCAUUUUGAUUGAGUGUAAGAUUUUACAUUUAAAAAUAAUUAAGUGAUCCCGAUACAAGUAGGUAAUUAAUACAUUCACAUUGUUCAAAAUAUAAGAGGUACAUAAUGAUGAACAAAUUCUCUUAACCUAUCUUGUUCCUUAUUCACCUAGUUCCCUUCUUAUAGGGAAACAUGUAAUAGAUAGUACUCUGAAAAUAUUCUAGGAAAGUACAGCCAUAUGCAUGCUAUCUGCUAAACAAAAUGUUACAUAACUACAAACAAUGGUAUUGCUUCUUUACAUUUUUGUUUAAAAAUAUAUUGUGCAGUUUGUUCCAUUUCAGUACACAGGAGCUUCAUCAGUGUUUGUAAGCAUCUGCAAAUGUUACACUAAACAGAUGUACCAAAAAUGUAUCUACAAGUUUUAUUUCCAAUGGAUAUUUAGGUGUGUCCCAGAGUUUUACAGUUGUAGAA